AUGACUUCUACUUCUACAGAACUAACCAUUGCAAAAUUAAGGGACAUAUUCAGUCGAUUUGGAUUACCAGAAGUUUUGGUAUCUGAUAACGGCCCUCAGUUUGCCAGUAAGCUCUUUCAAGACUUUGUCAAGCAGAAUGGGAUCAAACAUAUCAGGUCAGCGCCAUACCAUCCUUCGUCAAACGGCCAGGCGGAGCGUUUUGUGCGCACAAUGAAGGAAGCAAUCCGUAAAGACCACGCAUUCAGACCCCUGGAAGCCAGACUGAAUAGUUUUCUGCUUGCCUACAGGAACACUCCACAGGCCAGCACACAGCAAUCUCCGGCAGCCCUCCUUUUGGGAAGACCCUUACGGACCCGAUUGGAUCUAUUAAGACCAGACUCCGAAGCAAUAGUUCGGUACCACCAGUUCAAGGGAAGCCAACGGAGAAGAAUGAAGGACAGACAGUUCGCAGUUGGAGCCAACGUUUUGGUGAAAAACUUUAGGGAAGGACCCAAGUGGCUGAUGGCCAGAGUGUUAUCCCGUUCGGGCCCUGUGUCCUAUUUGUUACAGGUUAACUCGCCCCGAGGACCACAGCUGUGGAAGAGACACAUCGACCACAUUCAUGCCAGAUCUACGGCAUCAGGAGCUGACGACCAUCGAGAGGAACAGGACAAAGAAAUUGUGCUUGUCCCCAGCAAUUCGGGAAACAACGCCGCCAUCUGCUCACCACCCGUAGAGGAACUGUCUUCCCAGGUUUCAAGUCCAGCACGUCGAACAUCGCCUAACGACUGUCUUCCAGAGGGCAGACUACCUACACCAGUUCAGAGUGUUUCUCCAGUUCAGGUCCGAUAUCCCCAGUGA